AAAAAGAUGAAAAACAAAAACAUAGAAAGAGAAAGUUCCUUCCAGCGUGGCUCCUUCCGGCGUGGCGUGUGUCAGGCUUUUAUUAACGGCGCAUCCAUCACUUCGAGCAUGUUCCUUCCGAUCAGAACAAUGGAUAAUCAGUCUGCUGCUUCUCACGUUGUCAAUCCGGCCGGUGCCACCGCAUCAGAGCCAAAUCAAUGGCGGUACCGGGGCAAGCGGAUCCGACUACCCACCGAGAUCGCCGACCGGGUCAUCAGUCUCACACAGCAGCUCCGAUUCCGGACGGAUGGGCACACGGUGAUGUGGUUGCUGCAGCAGGCUGAGCCAGCCAUCGUCGUUGCUCAGUGGACAGCAAACUACCCGCCAUCCGCCGCUGCCGCUUUUCAGCCCCCGAUCCCCGUUCCUGGCGGCGACUACACAGAGAAUCUCCCUGCCUCGAACAUAACGGCGGCGCCGCUGCUGAUCACUUCCCCCGUCGUCUUCGGCGGCACAGAAUCUCCGAGUUGCUGUCCCGUCAUCACUACUCCGUCACUCGUCUACCAGCCGCCGCCUUACAGCUGGGGUUAUCCCAUCCCCGACGCUUACCAACCCCCGUACCGUGGUGAACAUCUAUGACCGAUCAUCAUCGGUCAUAUUUUAUGUAAUUUCAUUUCAUCCCAUUCCGGCCAGGCCCUGCCGGCCGGUGAAGCUAGAUUAGGA